UUCUAUCUUGAAGAAAAUGAAUGUUAUUAGUCAACAACAUCAAUAUGGAAAUAAUAAAGAACUCAUGAAAAGAUUGGCAGAUGCAAGCCAAUACAAAAUGUAUCCUUUAAUUAUACCUAGAAACGAACUUUCGUUAAGAAAAAUUUUAUUGACCACGAGAUUGUGGAAUCAUGUUCGUAGACAACAAGCUAUGAUGACAAUACCUUCUUCUGAUGACUGGCUGUUCCAGCAACAAAGUGCCAUUACACAAGAAAACACUAAGGAACAAGAUAAUAUACCCACCAAUGAUAAUAACCAAAGCGAGCAUGACUGGUCUUGGUUUAAUAAAGAAGCCAAAUCAUCCUCUUUUUUGGAUUCAUUAAGCCCUGAAGAAGACAAGUCUGCUUCAAGGAAGCGUACAAAAAAUGAAGAAGAAGAAGAAAAGCAAGAACAAGUACAAAUCAAAAAAAUAAAACUUCAUUUUAAUACAAUUGAUCCUCCGGCUGCACCGGCUGGCCCGGAUAUGGCUGACACAACUCAUGCCGCCUCUCCUCCUCCUCCUCCUCCUUCUCCUCCAAGCCCUGCAGUUUUACUAAGCGUAUAAUUUCUGUUUGAACUAGACCCUCACACCAAUCGAAAGCUGCAAUUCAUCAAACAAGUUUUAAAAAUAGCCUUAUGUAUACACACACAAUUUAUUUACCCAUCUAGUAUACUUUUAUCCGCACUCUGUGGCAGUUACAUCUUUUAAUAUGAAAUCAGGUUGUUUCUUAAAAUAAAAAUGAUCAGCAUAUUUAUUAUCAUCAGGAUCCAUUAGUCAAAAAUGUGGAUUAUGUAACAUAUAUCGUAUAACAGAUAUCAUGUAUAUAAAAGCAGGGUCGACCCUUUUUUUUCCCCUUCUUU